UUUCGCCAAGCCCUUAGAGUAGCUUCUUGGCAACCUCUAUUUUUUUUCUUCAAAUUUAGAUCUAGAUCUGGAUCUAAUUAACUAGUCUAGAUCCAAACAGGCCUAGAUCGCUGAGUUCUUGACAGGCAUUAGCUCUUCGAAAAUGGGAAUAUUUUCUGCAGAUCUCUUUCCCACAAAGCUAAGCUUUGUUGUCUUUAUAUCAUACAUGGGUUUAUUUAUAAAUCAAGGUAUAUUAGUUACAGCUAGUAAAUCCAAAGAUAACAAAUACAGUUACAACACAGUCACUGUGGUUCUUUUGACAGAGGUGCUCAAGUUGGUAGCAGCAGCUGUCAUAUUUAUCAAAGAUCACUCAUUUAAAUCUUUAUUUGAAGAUCUUGUCAAGCAUAGGAAAGUGCUCAUCUUAUACUUUAUACCUGCUGCCUUAUACUGCCUGUAUAACAAUCUUCAGUUUGUGAACCUGUCAGCGUAUGACCCAACAACCUACUACUUACUGCUCCAGUUCAGAGUGGUGGUGACUGGUGUCAUAUUUCAGCUGAUUUUCAAGAAGCAGCUGAGUCGUAUACAGUGGGCUUCCCUGCUCAUUUUAACUCUUGGAUGUAUCAUUAAAGAAGUUCGCCAUGAUGUAUCCAGUGCCCAGGCUAUGUCCUCCACCGCCUCUUCCUUUGUUGACUAUCUGGACAUACACCUGCUGUUCAUUAUGUUUCAGGUGUUCUCUUCCUGUUUUGCUGGUGUGUACAAUGAGUUCUUAUUGAAAGACACUGGGGCUGAUGUCCACAUCAUGAUGGCCAAUGUUUUUAUGUACUUAAACUCCAUCAUUUGCAAUGUAUUAAUUUUAGCAUUUAGAGGAGAAUUUAUCCCAGCAUUCUACUCUGAAAGUGUGAUGUCAAUCCUGCAGGUUAACGUUUUAGCCAUCAUUAUCAACAACGCUGCCAUAGGCAUUGUCACCAGCUUGUUCUUGCGCAGCCUCAACUCCAUACUAAAGACAUUUGCCAGCGCUCUGGAGCUUAUGUUCACAGCUGUGCUGUGCUGGUUGAUUUUCGGCAUUCCAGUCGAUCUGUACACAGUUCUGGCCAUUUUCAUUGUGAGUGCAGCCACGUACCUUUAUGCACAGAAUCCAGUGGUCAAUAAGGCCCGUACAGAUAUAGAUGUGGAUACCAGCAAAGACCAUGGCAAGGGUAACAAUUUUUCUCAGGAAGGGUCAGCACAGCUGUCGCCAGGACUUCGGCACAAACCUUUGAUAUCUGUUUGAAUUGUUAACUCUUGUAUUGGUAUGUUGUUCUUCCACCAACAGUCGAUUUUAUGUGUUAUGAGGAAGCGUGCUUGUAGAGUUAAAAUCUCACAGGGUUACUUAGAAAUAGAAAUUUAUGUUUGGUGAUAUAUAUAUAUCUUGCUUUCAUUUAUGUUGUCUAGUUUUUUUUAGUUUUUUUACACAAGAAAAAGUAGCUUUUAUAAUUAUUAUUUCUUAUUAAUAUUGUAGUGAUAUCAUAAUGUUUUUUUUAAAUGAUCAUACUAGAAAUUUGGUUAAAAGUAAUUAUUUAACUUUUCCUCAGUUUUAGUGUUUUUUAAUUUUUAAGUAAGUGUUCCAUUACUGCAUAAACUUGCAGGCUUUUUCAACAUUUUUUUUUAGUUCACGUUCUAAAGACUGUCUUCGAACACACAUUUUUCACUGCCGUUUAUUUGCAUAUUUGAAUUAUUUAUUAAGUUUCAAGUAAAUCACCUGUGUUUGUUUUAUCACAUUGAAUCUUUGGGGAAAGUUUUAUUAUUUUGUUAUGUAAUGGGAGUGUGUGUGAGAUGGGUGUUGUGAUAAUUUGUUAUUUCCAUCCCUUCAACCAUUGGAAAGAGCUCUAAGCUGAUUCAUUGAAGACAUUCAUUUCAAUUUUACAUUUAAAAAAAAAAUGACUGCUGAUUAUUUUGCUUACCAUGUAAUUUUUUUUUCCACUUCUUUUGAAAAAUCUGAAACAAUUAAAAAAUUAAUCUGCAUUUUGUUUUUAUUGUCCAGUCUAAUAACUUUGGAUAAAAGUCUUUCUGUAUUGGAAUUGUAACCAAAUCAUAGGAAGAUUUUUUACAUGAUACCAUAUCCAUUUACAGAGUUUAUUCAAUAAAUUGUAAUCACCUAUUAAGUAGUUAUCUAAUGAACUUCAAAUCCAAUAAUUGUUGUCAUUUUGUUCCAACCCGAUACAUUAUUUAUUGCUUUCUAAGUAAUGUGAUGGCAGGAAAGAAAAUUCAUAAUUAUUAGUUUUAGGAAAAAGAAAUUAAAAAGUUGUAUCCAAGGUAAUGUUAUAUAAUUUGAGUUAAUGGGUCAUCAUAGUGCUAUUGUUAAUGCUAAGAGUUGGUUAAUAGUAUUUAAUGCACAUCAAAACGUAAAAGGGUAAAAUGAGGGUAGUUAUUAUCAAACAAACAUGGACAUAUCUUUUCUUGUUUCAAACUUGUAAUUCUAGAGCAUAAUUUAUACAUUCUUGUAUACUACUAUGAGGCCUAAUGCUUGAACCAAAACUAUGUUUUAUAUUUAAUUUUUAUUGGAUGAUAAAGCAUUGCAGCUUGAGUAUUUGUUAUUUUAUGCCGGCCUCAAGAGGUUGUUGUUUUUAAUAUUACAUUCACAAUCAAUAGAAUGUCUUCAGGCUAGUCAUUUGUAACAAAAUGUAUGAAAACCUCAUGGCAGAGUAGUUAAAUGUUCACUAAUGAGUCAGAAUGUGUGCCAUAAUAACAUCAUUCUAUAAACAAUAAUAGUAUUAAUAUUAACUAGCAGUAGAAGGUUAUAAGUUAAUGGCUUAUAAUGUAACUUGCUUUCUAGUUGUGUGAUUAAAUAGUCUUGCAGUAAAGGCUGGUGAAAGAAACCUUUCUUUAACCUAUGCCACAAAUUGAACUUAUAUACAUUGCAAUUUUCUAGUUUCUUACACUAUGUAAAAUAUGUUUCAGCCAGUAGUGCUGACGACACUAGAGGCAUUGUGUGUGUUUUUGUAUAUUGGUGCUGUAUUAUCACUUCUGCAGAACUUUUGUUUUCAUUGAUUAUUGGACUAUGGGAGAGAACUUGCACUGCUCCCUACUGGUCACCCCCCCCUUUUUUUUUCUUUCUUUAAACCUUCAGUCAUAAACAGUAGUUAACAAAACAGAAACAGCAGUUAACAUAGCUGUGACAUUUUAAACAUGAAACAAUUUCCAUAAAACUUAAACAUUUCAUUGAAGGUCUCCAUUUUCAUCCCAGCUUCGCUGUUCACAUACUACUGGACAUGCCUGUGAUAUAAUUUAAGUAACAGGAGAACACUUCAGUCUAUUUGUUAUUGAUGUAUAUACAUAUAUAUAGAGAGCUUGUUUAUUAUUUAAUGGUCACAUGUUGACAUGUUUCAGUUUAAAGUCAGUCACAACGUAUUUACAUAAUGAAAGAGAGAAUGCCCCAUGUUUUGUGAUAUAUGCAAGAUGUAUUGUUUUGUAUGCUUCUCAAUAUUCCACUGCUGUGUUUUUGUUUAAAUAUAUAUAUAUAUGCCUGUACAAAGCUGAUAUGCAUUUUCUGUUCAUACAAUCAAAUCAAUUUACAAAAAAAAUUAAUUAGUUUAGCUGUUCUGUUCAAAUCCUUGUGAAUUAUUUGACUCAAGUUUUCACUCAGCAUUCAGUGAUGUGAGUCCCUGUUGUAGUUGUUAUCAAUUUAGUAGAGAGAAAAAUGCAGGCCAGUGAUCUUUGUAUUGUCCAAUUGAAGCGAUGGCCGCAUAAUCAAGAGACUUGUGCUAAAAAUGUAUUUAAAUUUAUGCUUUUAGAUCAUUCCCAGGUGUUGAAAACACUAUUUAGUUUGACUUAGUAUGAUGCAAAUAUAAAUUUGCUUACAUUUAAAAUCACAUUUGUAAAUAUGGAGAUUGUUUUACAUGAAUACUAACUGUACUAACAGAACAAAGCUUUGUCAAGAAAUAAUUUAUAUAAAUAUAUUUAAUUUGGAAGAAGGGAGAUAACUCUGCAGACAAAUUAUUCAGAGUUACACAUCAUUACAUUUUGUUUAAGACUUACCACAAUCAUUGUUUUCAAUCUUUUAUAUUUCAAUUUUUUUAAAUUUUUUUGCCAAGAACUUUCUUUUAACUUAUUGAUAAUUAUUGUCCAGCCUAAUGACAAUGGGGAAUGAAGUGAUACAAUGGUAAUGUGCCCAUAUUUCUAGGGUGUAUCCUUUGUAUGUGUACAUGAGAUAGGUGAUUCUAGAAGUUGACCUAGAUACUGAAUGCUCGGUGAUUCUAGAAGUUGAUCUAGAUACUGAAUGCUCGGUGAUUCUAGAAGUUGACCUAGAUACUGAAUGCUCGGUGAUUCUAGAAGUUGAUCUAGAUACUGAAUGCUCGGUGAUUCUAGAAGUUGACCUAGAUACUGAAUGCUCGGUGAUUCUAGAAGUUGACAUAGAUACUGAAUGUUCGGUGAUUCUAGAAGUUGACCUAGAUACUGAAUGCUCGGUGAUUCUAGAAGUUGACCUAGAUACUGAAUGCUCGGUGAUUCUAGAAGUUGACCUAGAUACUGAAUGCUCGGUGAUUCUAGAAGUUGACCUUGAUACUGGAUGCUCGCACUGUUGAACUAAAUUCACUUUCCCAUAGCAUGUGGCUCUGUGCUGGAGACUUCCUAGAAGCCCCAUGUGAAGAGGAACUGUGCUGUUCAAGAAACCUAGAAACAGGAGAUGAUGUAGCCGAGAGUGUUGGUGGUGUGAAUAGGAAAGGGGGGGGGUGGUAUGUCCUGCUGAGUGACCUCCAAACUUUUGAAGUACACAAAGAGGUAGUUGAACAAAGUUUUCUUUCCCCCAAAACAAACGAAUACAUCUGUAAUUACAAGUGAAUAUGGACUACUAGGAAAGUAGGUCAGGCAAUGAAGAUAAAUAUAAAAUGAUAGUGAAAUGUGACUCAGACCUCUACCCAUUAGUCUAAUGCUAUAGAGUAGAGAGCUCCGGAGAGUUUCUCCACUCUUUAAUGUUUCCCUUAGACACAUUUAAAGAUACCCUUAGUCACACUCUAAGAAACACUUAAACACACUCUAAGACACAUGCAAAUUUAUCUAAAAAUCAUUGAACCCCCUCUGAUAUGAUUUGGAGUUUUUGACGUUUGACAGAUAAUACUAAGACUCAAUGUCUUCACAUAAAUACAUUUUUAAAAUUUCCAAAUGACAUUCUUCCUAUUCUUAUGCAUGAACUAUUUGAAGUCACUUUUCACAUUUUGAGCUCAAUGUUUGGGAUAAUUUUUAAAUGUUGGUUUUGUUUCAUUUUCUACAAAUGUGUGUCUACAACAUUUUAUAAAACAACCUUUUACUUGUGUCAUUGUUUUGAGAUCUCUGUCACGUGUCCUUGUUUUACACAUAAACAUUUUACCAUCACA